AUGAAAUCCCCCGUGUCGAACCUCAGGCUCAGCGCGCCCGUCCUCUGCUCGGGCCAGCCCGCGGGCGCCGGCGCACCCUCGGAGACGGCAGACGCGGCCGGCUCGCCGACGGCGCGGUCCUCUGGGGGCGGCAGCGAGGGCGACGACGGGAGCCAGCACCUGUCGCCGCGCCGGGCGGACACCGUGGGGCGCAUGGAGCGGUUCUCGCUGCCGGCCUCCAAGACCUUCGAAUGGGCCAGCACGCCGAGCACCGCCGAGAAUGAGGACAUGCAGGUCCUCCAGGACGCCAUCGGCCACCUCCGCAGCACCCUCUGCGGGAUCCCGGGCGCCGCCGAGCUGCUGGCCGCCUGCGCCGCGUCCGCAGGCGAGCUGCCCAGCUUCAGCCCCGCACCCUCCGACGGCGCCCUCGACGGCGGCUCCGACGCCGGCCUCGGUGCGGGCUCGCCGGUGUCGAGCGCGGGGCGCAGCCCGCGCGGCGCCCAGCAG